AGAAUCUCUUUAAACCGGACUCUAAACGGUUCAAAACGACCGGAAAAAGAAACUCGAAAAGAGAGAAGCUAAGCAGCUAUGGCGACGAGGCAGAGACGACCUUUACCGUCGGAUCCUUCAUCAUCAACGUCAUCAACGGCGUAUACAAAGGUGGAUAAACCUGAUAGAUCGUACGGUGAAAAUGAAGGCGUUGAUAAAGGUCUAGGUUGGCUUUUGCCGUUGAUUUGCUUAGGGAUGUUGAGACACAUGAGCGCUACGUCUAAUAUUAUUCACGAUUGUGAUGAGGUUUUUAAUUAUUGGGAACCUCUUCAUUACUUGCUUUAUAAGUCUGGUUUCCAAACUUGGGAGUACAGUUCGCAGUUUGCCUUGCGGUCGUAUCUGUAUAUCCUGCUUCACAAACUAGUGGGUUGGCCUGCUUCUUGGUGGUUUGGGGAGGAAAAGGUGAGAGUCUUUUAUGCUGUGAGAAUUUUUCUUGCGGUGCUGUCUGUCAUCAGCGAUGCUGCUCUAGUUGUAGCCCUUUCUCGGAAGUAUGGAAAGCGUCUUGCAUCAUAUACACUCGCAAUGCUAUGCUUAGCAAGUGGCUGUUUCUUUGCUAGCACGAGUUUCCUUCCAAGUUCAUUCUCAAUGUAUGCCAUGUCUCUUUCUUCAGCACUAUUUCUCUUUAAUAAGCCCGGCAUGGCAGUUUCUGUUGCUGCCACUGGAGUGAUUCUGGGCUGGCCGUUUUCGAUCCUUGCUUUUCUUCCACUGACAAUUUACUCACUGGUUAAGAGCUUCAAAUCUGUGUUUUUUACAGGUGUGGUCACUUCUAUCGUCCUUAUGGUACUCUCAGUUCUUGUUGACUACGACUACUAUAAGAGGUGGACAUCCUCUGUUAUCAACUUGCUGGUGUACAAUGUUUUAGGGGGUGGUGAAAGUCAUCUCUAUGGUACUGAAGGGGCAUCUUUCUAUUUGAGGAAUGGCUUUAACAAUUUCAACUUUUGUUUUGUGCUUGCUCUACUGUUCUUAGCAAUACUACCCAUUGCUAAGAAGAAGUAUGCUCCUGAGUUGUUCGUUGUUGUUUCACCUGUCUAUCUCUGGAUUGCCUUUAUGUCCUUGCAGCCACACAAAGAAGAAAGAUUUCUGUACCCAAUAUAUCCACUUAUCUGUGUUGCUGCUGCUGCUGUGAUUGAGAGCUUUCCUGAUUUGUUCAAGGAUAAGUAUAAUCCCAAUGAUCCAUCCGCUCUAGUUAUGAUAGCGAAAUUUCUCAGACCUCUAGUUCUGGGUUUGAUUCUUUGUGCCUCCCACGCUCGGACAUUUUCACUUAUUAAUGGCUAUUCAGCUCCUAUUGAGAUUUACAAGCAUUUGGACUACCAUGAUGACGCUGGAACAGGUUCUGUCCUUUGCGUUGGAAGUGAGUGGCACCGAUUCCCUUCUUCGUUCUUCAUUCCUGAUUAUGUGGGCCAAGUUCGAUGGUUGGAUGAUGGAUUCACAGGCCUUCUUCCUAUUCCAUUCAAUUCUAGCUUGGGUGGGACCUCAGCAGCACCAUCUUACUUCAAUAAUAAGAACAAGGCGUCAGAGGGGCAAUAUCUUAGAGAUCCUGAACAAUGCACUUUCCUGAUAGAGCUGCAACUUCAACGCCCUUAUCCUACGCGAGGAAGUGACUUGUCUAAAUGGGAGAUUGUUGCAGCACUUCCGUAUCUGGAUAGGGAACUGUCUCCUCCAAUGUAUCGAUCAUUCUUUAUUCCAUAUCAAUGGCAGCAGAAGAAUGUCUUUGGCCAGUACAGAUUACUUAGGAGAAUACAGAAGUGAUUGCGGAUAUCCACGCUGAAUUUUCUGUUGAGCAACUUUUGACAGUGCCCGAGUAUAGAAGUACGCUAAUGUUGACUAUUUAACUUUUUGUAGUCUGAUACUCCCUACACGUGUGAGUGUAGUCAGUUGAUUUUAGUUAUUGGAUCUAAUCUUCCAUUAACUUGGAAGUCAGAUUUUGCACUUUAUUUUUUUUGUAGAUUACGCAGAUGGAUGUUCAAAUUUUAAUUCGGAAGCAAAAAAUCGAUUUCUCUUGUUGGCAAAAUUUUGGUUGAUUCGAUCACC